GAGAUGCUUUAUUUAAACAGUUCCAAGUAAGGGAGACCAGCUGCCCCUGAACCCCAGAACAACCAGCCGGAUCAGUUCUCACAGAGCUGCAGCUCAGAGACUGGGAAACAUGGUUCCAAAAUUGUUCACUUCCCAAAUUUGUCUGCUUCUUCUGUUGGGGCUUAUGGGUGUGGAGGGCUCACUCCAUGCCAGACCCCCACAGUUUACAAGGGCUCAGUGGUUUGCCAUCCAGCACAUCAAUAUGAACCCCCCUUCAUGCAACAUUGCAAUGCGGGUAAUUAACAAGUAUCAACGGUGUUGCGAAAAGCAAAAUACUUUUCUUCGUACAACUUUUGCAAAUGUAGUUAAUGUUUGUCGUAACCCAAGUAUACCCUGCGUUCAUAACAGAACUCUCCAAAAUUGUCAUCGUAGUAGCGUCCGGGUGCCUUUACUCCGGUGUAAACACAUAAAUAGAGGUGCACAGAAUGUUUCAACCUGCGAGUAUGCAGACAGACAAGGACAGAGUUUCUAUGUAGUUGCAUGUGAAAACAGAGAUCCACGGGAUCCUCCACAGUAUCCAGUGGUUCCAGUACUCCUGGAUAGAAUCAUCUAAGCUCCUGUAUCAGCACUCCUCAUCAUCACUCAUCUGCCAAGCUCCUCAAUCAUAGCCAAGAUCCCAUCCCUCUAUGUACCCUGGGUAUCAGCAUCUGUCCUCUUCAGUCUCCACACCCCUUCAGGUUUCCUGAGCUGAAGUGCCUUGUGAACCUCCAACAAGCUGCUGUGCAAAUUCAUCUGGAAAUGUCUGUGUGUCUUCGUCGGCCGCGCUGCUGUCAUUUAGCGAAACUCUGCUCUAGUGAUAUGGGUUUUUCAUGAAUCUCUCACACUUAAUAUCUGACCAAAUUCCUUAUUUCCCCCAUCAACCUCCAUGUGAUACCUGAUUCCAGGCCUGCCUUAAAAAAAAUCCAAUUGAGUCAACUUA